AUGUCAUCCAUCAUCCCAAUGACGAGAACAGUACACCAGCAGCAGAACAGCAGGCUCAUGCAACUACCUCAAGAGCUUCGAGACCAGAUCUAUGACUAUACCUUUUCUUCUACCUCUCCCUCCUUUGGAAGGGAUUUUCCCGGCCAACUUGUCCAUGCAUCUGGACCAUCUCGCUCCGCACUUGCUCUCUUACGCUCUUGUCAUCGAGUCCGAGAUGAGGUUGACGGUGACUGGCUCGGUCAGGUUACAUUCCAGUUCGGCGACCCAAAAGACAUGCUGGACAAGCUGACCGACUUACCUGCCGGCAUUCGCAGCCAGAUCCGUCACCUGCGUAUCUAUGGUGCAUCGCUGAAGCUCACUAUCGAGGACGACGAGUGCUACUUCCGUACCGCACAAGCACUCAAGCUUCUUCCAAAUCUGCAGCUGGACGUUCUGACAGUCAUCGGCGACAACUUGUCCAACUGCGCCUAUGAUACCUUGAACAUGCUGGUACGCUUUGGAGGCGGUUGGAAAGAGCUGCACUUCUUCAGCUUCGAUUCGAAGCUUCUUGGGUAUGCGGACAAGAUGAGAUACUUCGGCGCACAUGAUGACAUGAACAACCGCUACAUGCGCCUACCCCAGCCAGCCGACUGGCAAGAAACCAUGAACGAGCGUGAUGGAGAGGCAUCGAAGCCAUCUGUCACAGUCUAUCGUAGCAAGGACAGCUCCACACUUGGUUCGGUCUUCCAGCCCGACAAACGUGAAGUGAUGGUUCAAGCUUUCGGACCGGAUCAAGACGCCCAGACGUACGGCCGAGCUGAGGAUUCGGACCUCAUGCGGCCUGGCGAAGUCGAGAAGGAGAUUCUGGUUGUGGUGAAGCGGGGCAAAGGUGUCGACUAUGCGGAGAAGGAUGUGCCCACAUAUGUUGGCGUCGACGAUAUUCGAUGGUCUUUCGACAUGCGCACGUGGAAGGAGAUCAAGGCCUAUCAGGAAGAGCUCUUCGAUGAUUCGGACGAUGAAGGAAGUGUUGAAUAA